AUGGCUGCAUCUAGCACGUUGGAGAUCGAAGGCAGACCAGCGUCGACGUUUGCUCCUCUCUAUUCAGAGCGGAAGCGAGCUCGAUUAAUUGCGCUGGGAGAGAAUGCGGUUACUCCAUUCCCAACACCCGGCAUAUCGACCACGCUUAGGACUUUCAAGCAUGCCUUCAUUUCGGGCCUCAACGAUCGACUAGGGGAUACCCCAUUUCGACUGAAGGUGAUGGAUGCUGAUAACAUUGGGGCACAAAUACUUUCAUUCGACGCCUUUCGGGCGACAGCAGAGCAGCUAGGAAUAAGCAGUCUCCGAAGUAACAUAGGAUGUCCGAUCAGGAACACUGGUUCAGACACUACCGCUAACACGGCCAGGUUCACGACUUGGGAACUGGCAUCGCGCCAGGAUAUUCAAGCGAAACUCUUUGAGGGACUUCAAGAAGCAUUUCCUGAUCCGCAACAGCCUUUGGAACUUACGACUCUGGAGAACCUGCCGUUUUUAGACGGAAUUUUCGCGAAGGCUUGA